GCACCCCAAAUUCCCCCUUUCACCAAACAGUAGCUUUUGUUCAUAAAAUCCCGCUAUCCAUACCAAAAUUCUUCAUCUCUGCUACUUCUGUGUGCUUGUAUUUGUGGGGGAAAAUGGCAACUCUAACACCAGGAAUCCUACUCAAACUUCUCCAAUCCAUGAAUUCCCAUACAAGAGUUACCGGUGACCACCGUUCGCCGCUCCUUCAGGUCAUUGGGAUCGUGCCGGCCCUUUCGGCCGCCGAUUCGCUCUGGCCCCACCACGGGUUUUACGUGCAGCUCUCCGACUCAAUUAACUCCACCUACGUUUCACUUUCAGACCGAGACACAGAUCUAAUCCUCACAAACCGGCUCCAGCUCGGCCAGUUUGUCCACCUAGACCGGUUUAUCUUCGAUUCCCCUCCAGUUCCGGUAGCCGUCAAUGUGCGUCCAAUUGCCGGGCGCCAUUCUUUUGUUGGAACCCCUGAGCCCUUAAUUGCCCGCAUUUCACCUUCCAGAAAUGGAUUUGUUAUUCAGCCUGUAUCAGAUUCCGAUUUUUCUGGGAAUCCUAUUGCAGCCUAUUUGUCGAGAACCGGGAAGAAAGAUGCGGAUUCCGGUUUAGUAACUAGCGUUGCUGAUGAAAAGGCAAGCAAGGCUAGCAGGCAAAUGAGUGCUCCGAAGGAGAAUGUGAAUGUGAAUAUGAGUUAUGAAGGUGAACAGGGUAGUAACAGUAGAACGGGUUCGGAAAAGGGUUCGAAGAGGUUUUCGUCCCCAGGGGCAUUGAAGCAAAGAUCCGUGUCCGCUGGGAAGAAGGCACCAGGGGCGGAGAGGGAUCCAUCGCCAGCUGGGAAAUCAGGGAAGAGGUCUGCUUCCCCUGUGCCUUCAAAGUGCAUGGUGCCGAGUCUUGCUGCUGCGAAGGAGGAAAAUAGAAGGACAUCAAGGGAAGCAGCCAUAAUUGUGCCUUCUAGGUACAGGCAACCGUCGCCCACUAAUGGGAGGCGGCAGGCCAGUCCGGUAGUGGCGAGGCGGAUGUCAUUGUCCCCCGGCCGACGGUUGUCUGGUGGGAUCAAAGUCACACCAGCAGUAGACUCUUCUGGAAAGAAGAAGAUGGCUACUAUUGCAGCUGGGAUUUCUAAAGUUUCUGAGGCCCUUGUAGGGCCUGCAAAGCUGGGCAGGAAGAGCUGGGAUGAAGGACCGGCUCCGGCUGACGGAGGUUCUUCUGAGCAGAAAGACAAGGCUGGAACUAAGAAUAGACCGGAUUUUCAGGCUAUUUUGAGAACUCAGGCUGCUAUUUCUAGGCGUUUAAGUGAUGUAAAUGAGCAACAAUCUGAUCACGGUUAUUCAGAUGAAAAACAAAAAUCUAACGUGGCUGAGAAUCGUCCUUUUGAGAAGCCAAAUGAAGCAUCUCCUGUAAUCACUAUUCAUGAAAAGAAAUGGACUGAUGGAAGCAUUCCAUUGAAUGCACUCUCUUCAGGCCUUGCAUUGCUUGGGAAGGAGGCUAUGCAAAGGAGAGUAGUUGCUUCCACAGCUGCAGCCGAAGCUUUAGAAGAGGCCAUUGCAACAGAGUCUAUUGUGAGGAGCCUGAGCAUGUUUUCAGAUCUCUGUAUGAGGUCGAAGCCAGAAAAUCCUCUACCUACUAUUGAUCGAUUUAUGUCAAUUUAUGAAGAUAUUGUGAAAUCUACAGCAGGGGUUGAAUCCGUUGCUAUAAAUCAUAAUUUGAUAACUCGUCAAAAUAUCCCAAUCGAGCAAUCAAAAUCGUCCGCCCUUUGGGUAGAAGCAGCUCUGGCUACCAAUCUUGAAGUUGUCUCCCUCCUGACUAGCCCAAACUUUGAGACUUCAAUGAAAUUGGAAGAAUCUGUACAGAAACAAUCUGCCACCGUACCUGUCAAGAAUAAUGCAAAGGUGGUUUCAUCAUCUUUUGUUGGCACUUGGACUCGGGGCAAUGGAAUGAAUGAGACCAUUGAACUUGCCAAGAAUUUGCAGUCGGAGAUGCAAAUGUGGUUUUUAAAGUUUGUCGAGGAGUCACUAGAUGCUGGUUUUCAGGUCUUUCGAAAGAACAAUCCAAAGAAUCUCCAUGGUGGUCCAAUAGCAGGAAUUGUAUCACAGUUGAAGCGAGUCAACGACUGGUUGGAUCGCGAAGUAUCUAAAAAGGACGAGUUGAUGAUGGGAAAGAUCGAGCCUCUGAAGCGAAAGAUCUAUGAUUUUCUUAUGCAACAUGUCGAGCAACGAUAAAAAAUCGUGCUCGCCUUAAUUCGUGAUUUUAUUUGUUAUUGAUAAAACUCAAGAUUAUCUUUUCCUUGUUCAAGCAUUUCAUCCAUCUUUUGAGACAUUGAUAAAUUAGUGAGUUUUCUCUUUUUAUUCAUUAGA